AUGGCAUCAACCACAGUAGUCGAUGAAAUAUUCUCCGACGAAUCAAGCUUCUACGGCGACGAAGAUGAGAAGACACAACUAGAAGCACAAGUCUCAUCCUACGACCCAGAGCCAUUCUGGGUAGAAACACACCAGAAGCUUCUAUCAACCAUCCAGCAGGGUCUGCGCGCGCCGACACGCGCAAAGGCCGCAUCAUCAGACAUUUCCAUGGACGAUGCAUCCCCAGAAGCAGACAGCAUACCGCGCAACCAGCGCGGGAGGACCGAGCCCAUAGCUCGAUUCCUAUCGCGUCUCCCGCCAUCAACAACAGAAUCCGCAAGCUUAGGCCCCUGGAUCUGGAUGUACAAUCCGCACAUGUCGCCGAGGCCGGAGGGGGAUGUUCCCACUCUACUUAGGAAAGGCAGGGAGCUUCUCCAGGAGUAUGAGAAUGAGAGUGCGAUGCUGCGCGAGAAGCAUGAUAAGUCUGGUGCGAAGACUACGGCUGCUUUGACUCGGAAAUUGAAUCCGAUGCGCAAGGAGCUUGAGAGGGGUAUUCUUGAUCUUGCGAGGGAGACGGGUGUUAUUGGUGGGAAGUGGAUGCUUUUUCCGACUGUUGAUCAGGUUGAUGAGUCCUGGGGGGGAGAGAGUCGUUUGAUUUGUGUUUAUACGGAUGAUUUUGGGGAUGUUGAGGAUGUUAAAAGGGUUGUGAGUAAGUUGGUUGAUAUUGGGCUUGUUGGGAAGGGGCCCCGGUCUAUUUACUACAAGUCUGAUGCGUUUACUCAUCUGGAGAUUAGCUCGAAGAAUGAGUAUGGGCUGAAGGCGAGUAUGUAUUCGAGUCGUGAGCUGCUUGAGGGGAAGUAG